AUGGGUGUUCAGGCUACAAAUCCUAUACAGGUCGCGGCUGUUGUUUCGGCGACUCGAGGCGGUGCCUCUGAUGACAAAUUGCCCGGUUCCAACGGCGGGCUCUCCCCUGUCAUCAGCAACCCGAAAGAUGAUAUCGAUCCGAAGGAAGAGAGAGCUUUCUUAUGGCGCCUCGACUUGUUCUUCUUGUCGAUUGGAUUCUUGGGAUACAUGUUCAAAUACAUCGACCAGACCAACAUCAACAACGCGUAUGUCUCGGGAAUGAAAGAGGAUCUGGAUUUGUAUGGGAAUGAACUCAACUACUUCACAACCUUCUUCAACAUCGGGUACAUGAUCAUGCUGUAUCCUUCAUGCAUCAUCAUCUCGCACUUUGGCCCUUCGACAUGGUUGCCGGCCUGCGAGCUUAUCUGGGGCGUUCUCACUUGCUGCCUCUCGGUCGUGACGAGUGCUAAGCAGGUCUACGGCCUCCGCUUCCUGAUCGGAUUCUUCGAAGGCACUGCUUGGCCGGGAUACUUCACUCUCAUCAGUCAGUGGUACAUGCCUCACGAGGUUGCCCUGCGCAUGAGCAUCUACAACAUCGCGCAACCAGCCGGCGCCAUGCUUUCCGGUGCAAUGCAGGGUGCUCUUUCAACCAACUUCGAGGGUCUUCAUGGUCGGGCUGGCUGGAGAUGGGCUUUCAUCAUCAACGGCAUCUGUACCAUCGCCGUCGCGAUUGCUGCUUUCUUCAUCCUCCCUGGCUACCCUGAACGACCAAACCCUCUCGCCAAGUUCUACAUGAAGCCUAGGCACAUCGAAAUCGCCUUGGCUCGUGCACGUCGGGUCGGCCGCAAGCCGCAGAUUGGUAUCACGCCGAAGUCAUUUCUGCGAUGCUUCACUUUCUGGCAGCUGUGGGUGUUUGCUAUUGCGUGGCCUAUCGGUGGCAACUUCACCCCGGCCAGCUACUUUAACCUGUGGCUCAAGUCUCUCAAGAAUCCCGACGGUUCAGUCAGAUACUCUGUGGCCAUGCUCAACUACCUGCCGAUUAUUGGACAGGCUGUCCAGCUUGUGGCAGAGCUGCUGUUCAGCGGUUUCAGUGACUACUUUGGUGUCCGGCUGCCGUUUCUGCUUCUUCAUUCCGCCAUCAAUAUCACCUCUCACAUCAUCCUCAUUGUACGACCUAGCAACGAGCAAGCCUACAUGGCCGGUUGGUACAUGAACUAUAUGGGAGCUGUCUCCAUGAUGCUGCUCUGCUCUUGGGCAUCAGCACAUCUCCAAGGCGAGCCCGAAGUGCGGACCGUGCUCUUCGCGAGCGGUACCACCCUAGCGUAUCUCAUGAGCGCCUUCAUCCCAAUCGCCGCCUUCCCGGCCUCCGAAGCCCCUAACUGGCGCAUCGGAUCCAAGCUCUACCUCGGGUUCGCGCUCGUAUCUAGUGUGAUGUUCGUCGGGAUCCACUUCGCCUUCAAGUGGGAAGAGAAAAGAAAGGCGAGGAACGCUGUCAAGGAUGUAUCAACCGAGGAGCCGGAUAACGCAGAUGCGGGCGUCAAGUCGGCAGUGGAGGAGCCGGGCAUCACGUCGCUAGGGAGGUUUCAGGAUAGGGCCCAGUAA